AUGAUUCUCUUAGCAUCUCAAGUCGAUACUUUUAUAGUUGCGACAAUAAAUGUUGACUGUCGACCAAGUGGUCGUGGAAAAAUUAGUAGUGUUCGCGUCUCAAAAUCGCCAUUUUUACAUACAUCAAAUAAUCAUAUUUUGGUUCGUGGAGCAACUGGAGGAGGUACAGCUCUAUUCUUUGGUACAUUAGCUUUACGAUCAUAUGUUUUGAACAAUCACAAAGGACCUAUUGAAUCGAGUCAUAUCCUGAUUAAUGGUUCAGGAAGUUUAUGUGUAAAUAGAGAAAAUUUUUCUAAUUUUAUUUUUAAUGAAUUUCGUUGUCCAUUAUUACCUAUUUUUGCACUUGAUAAUCGUUAUUGUUGCGGUCCAUUUCAACAACAAUAUUGUUGUUCCUUCUGGGAAAGCGGUGGUCGAGCAAUUACUGCUAUUAUUGGUAUUAUCUCAGCAUGUAGUGUUUUCAUUUUAUUUAUUUUCUAUUGUAUUGUUUAUAUUCGACGUUAUUCAAGACGUAAAGUGUUAAUAUUAUCGUUGACUGAAGGCAAAGGAUUUGGAGGUGGAAGAGGUGGUGGUGGUUUCAAAGUUGGUUCGAAAGGAUCAGGAACAUUUGGUGGAGUGUCAGGUUAUAGUCGAGCCAAUAGUUAUAAACCUAAUAUGGGUCAACCUCGUACGGGUAGUAGUUUUAAAAGUAAAGCUAUUAGUUUUGCUGCUGGAGCUGCUGGUGGUAUAGCAGCCUAUUCAAUAAUGAGAUCAAUGGCUGGUACACAUCAUUCACGACCUGGUGGUUAUUAUCCUCCAGGUUAUGGAACUGGAGAAACUUGUGUAAAUAAUGAAGAUUUGAAUGGUACCGUUUUUGGAGAAUUUCGUUGUCCAUUAAGUGGAUUUCCGCGUGAAGCGAAACAUUGUUGUGGUGAAUAUGGACAACAAUAUUGUUGUGAACAAAAUAGAAGUUUUCUUAGUAAAGUUUCACAUUUUGGAUGGAUAAUUAUAGUUGUAAUAAUUUUUAUUAUUGCUACGAUACUUUGGAUUUGUUGUCGUCGACGCCGGCAAAAAGAUGCAGCAAUGAUACCAACAGAAGAACCAAUGAACCAAAACUAUGGGCCACCACCUUUUUAUCAUCCACCACCACAAAAUGAAUAUUCAUAUGGAGUUCCACCACAAAAUCAAUCAGGAAAUUUUAAUCCAUAUGUACAACAAUCUCAAAUGCCAUAUCCUCCUCAACAACAACUAACUAAUCCGUAUUAA